AUGCUCCUCGACGAAGAUCCCGCCGCCCUAAUCUCCCAAUGCACCUCGCAUUUCAAAAUCGCCAACGACAAAGAAUCCCUCAACCGCAUCUCCGACUCCCUCUCCACACUCUCCACCUUCCGCACGCAGGAACUCCAAUCCCUCAGCGCAAAACUCUCCGCGCUGUCCCGCACCCACCAAACCCUCGCGGCCAACCACUCGCACACCCUCACCCAGCACAACGCCGUCUCCCACGCCUCGGAAAUCUUGCGUCUGGACACGGAGAAAUUCAAAAUCGCAAAGCAGGCUAGUGAUUUGGAAAUCGAGGGCGAGAGGCUCCAGGCCGAUCUUGUGCGAUUGGGCAAUGUGAGCGGCGAGUUGGAGGAGGAAGGGGUUGAGGGGGGCGCCGUCGAGAGGCCUGGCGAGGAUGCGACCGUGCUGAAGCUCAAGCUGUAUCGCAGUCUGGGCAUUGAUGUCGAGGCGGAUCGCACGACGGGCGAGUAUAAUAAGGCGGUGAUCAGGAAUGCGAAUAAGGGCGAUGUGCAUGUGGUGCAGAUUGAUCCCAAGUUCUCGAGGCAUUUCUACACGAACUACUUUUGGCGGACCAUGUAA